AUGUCAUUUUGUACAGAAAAUAAACUAAACUGGCUUUAUAUAGUUAUCAACAGCUAUUUUGCUACUAUAGAACAGCAGGUCAACCCGGAUUUAAGGAACAAACCUAUUGCUGUCGUACCUUUACUCUCUGAUAGCACUUGUGCCAUUGCGGCAAGCCAUGAAGCAAAACUUAAAAGAAUUACCACUGGUACAAGAAUUUAUCAUGCUAAAAAACUCUGCCCUGAACUUAUUUGUAUAAAGGCAAAGCACAAUCUGUAUGUUGAGUACCAUCACAAAAUAUUUAACAAAGUAGAUCGGUACUUACAUGUUGAUCACAUAUUUUCCAUAGAUGAGGGAGCAUGUCGCCUGACGGGUAAAUAUUGCCUAGAGGAAGAAGCGGUAUCCAUAGCGAAGAUAAUAAAAAAGGCCAUACGUGAUAAUGUCGGUGAUUAUAUCACAUCUUCCAUAGGAAUAGCUCCUAAUCUAUAUUUAGCAAAGAUUGCAUCAAAUAUGCAAAAGCCCGACGGUUUAUCGGUUAUCAAUCCAUCUGAAUUGCCUAAUAAACUUUAUUCUUAA